CCUUGGACCUCAUUUCCUUUAGUCGUUUCUCAAGUACAUGAUACAUGGCAGAGGAUAUCAGGCUUCUCGGGUCUUCCAUAGGGAAGGAACAGGCCCCUUGCUUUGAAUUAGGUGCAAGACUUUCUUGCCAGCCGCACCUCGUUCAAAGCACGCAGGCCGGUUUAAAAUCCGCUGAGACUCGUCGGAUCGCGACCUGAGUCAAGAUUCUGAUGCAUACUGACCAUGUCAGCCUUCCAGGUAUAAAAACCCCAACUCUAUACCGGAAACUCCAGUGGUCAUCUUUAUUGUUCACUCCCAUCGUCCUCUGCAUAUUUGCAUAUCCGCAUAUACACAGACGAUUUUACUUGCAUCCAUCUAUCGAUAUGUUUUCCAACAAGCAUAACAUUUGCAGAUCUUCCUGCUCUUCUUCUCUCUCUUCCGCCCUCUCCCUCGUCUUCAUUUUCGAUGUUCUCAAGCUUGUCGCGCUGGUCUUCUUUUACGUCGUCGUUAUCAUGGCUGGGCUAGCCUUCGACGUCUACAGCUGCCAGCCUGGCCCUACGACAGUCCAGGAUCCCGUUCCAGCUAUCGACUUCCUUAGGCCUCAGGAAGCGAAGAAAGCGGCCCGCCCCUCCAAGGUUGCUCCUUCGUCGGCUACAGGUGGAUCCGACUUCCCUUCGUCAUCAUCGUCCCCAGCCAUCCUUGAAUCGUCUCUGGACAGCCCUCGUCUGGUCCCUGAGGUUCGGCUGCGCUGGAGCAUUAGCUGUUCCGAUAUAAGCCCACAGUUGCACGACACUCCAAUCGGCCCUCACCACCACGUCCAUGCGCUGUUCUCCGAUGCUUGGAACGAGAACACCAUUCUCCUCAAGCAGCUCCUCUGCGUUCAGGACAAUCUCGAUGUAGCAAACGCCGAUAUAGAUGAACUGGUGGUAGAAAACGCAACUCUGAGCCACCAGAUGGACCGUCUCACACGUGACCUAGAGAUCAAGCAGGUCCGUCGCGACGAGGCCGAUUCAAUGUGCCAGGAUGCCACAAUCAAGAUGUCCUCCCAAAGGGCGACGAUCUCCUCCCUUCAAUCCGCAAACGCUGCGCUCCGAUUCGAGCUCGCAAAUCUUAGGGCCGAGCGCGAUGAACUCGCAGCCGAGAGAAAGGAACCAUCCGACCUGCAGAAGGAACAUGAUGAAGAAGUCGAAGCGUUGCAAGGAACGCUUGUCCGGACGAAGAGGGAGCUCGAAGGAGCUAAGAGAGAGCUCAGGAAGUUGAAGAGAGCUGCUGCAGGAAUUCCUGAGCUGCAGAUCAUAUCUCCGGAUGGGAAAGUUAUACCCCAUGGUAAUGCCUCGAGCUCUACAGAUUCCUUGACAGAAGAUCAGAGCAUCGCGAUGAGGGAACGCCUCACGCUCGCGUACACCGAGGUCGUCAGCCUCAGAGACCAGUGCAAGGCUUUGUGUCGUCGUGCUGACGAAAACGCAGAGCUGCAGGAUGAUGUCAAGCAACUUCUUGCGCAGCGUUCGGGUCUCUGGGAUCAGGUCGAAUCGGCCAAGAGCGCCUGCCACACGCUGGAAGAGGAAAACAAGAAGUACUUUCACCAGUAUGUGGAGAUCAGAGCCGCGCUAACCAAGGUGGAGAGGCGGACCGGAAUCGCGAUUUCGGUCAUUGAAGAGGAGGAAGAAGAGCCCGAAGUUUCGCCGGAUGCUCAGGGCUGCCGUUCGGCGUUUGAUGAUGACUCUGACGACGAGUCCAUCACUUCCUCAACCUCCUGCUACUCGAUGGCAUCAACAGAUGACUUCGACACGUCCCUGCACUCUGAGGUUUACACACCUCAUACAUCAGUCCCGUCCUCACCAUGUUCUCCUCCACUCUCUCCACCCCCUUCUCCCCCUUUCACGAUGCCCUCUUGGGUUCCGCGUUUCGACUCAGAUUGCACAAAUUUCGCAUUCGCAGUUGUUCCGGAAUCACCACUCGCGGAUGCGAUUUCCGCGUAUGUCGGUAUCCACCAGCCUAUCGAAGUCAGUCAUCGACGAUUCGUUACUCGUCGUGGUCUCGGUAUUCCCAUUGUCCGUCCUUCUUGGCCCUCCGUUAGCUCCAUCAUUGUCCCUCUCGAUGAAGCAUCCCCAAAGCGGAAGUUCACACUGGAUUUGGACGAUGCGAUGCCCAAGACUCGUCGCUGUUCCUUUGGUUUGCGGUGGUGCUGGUUCCGGUUGCAUCGUUCGGCUGGGAUGCUUUCCCUCGGGGAUCCUGAUGAGGAAUUGUAUUGCACUCUUACGACAAAUCAGUCAGGCGAGCCUGCGAUAUCAGACUUUGAGACCACGUUCAGCGCAGAUUGGUUAUCAGUUAUGUAUUUACGCCAGCGCAUUGAUGGGAAUUCUGGCAACCGAUAUCAUCGCAUAACAGUGCACAACAUGCGGCAGUCACGAGGCGUGACACCAUGAUAAUAGUCUCUGUCUCUAUAACGCGAGUGUGAAUUUAUUCAAUCGACCACAAUCAAGCUGGCGCAGGCUAUCCACUGAUAAUCAACAAUAAUGGGCUGUGUCCAAAGGCAAGCGCCCUCGUGCGCUAGGACAAUGGCAUUUGUCAC